GAAAAUGAAUGUAAAAAUGACUAUUCAAUUUUAAGUUUACAAAAAGCUUGUCAUGGAGAUCAUGGAACAGAGGCAAUUGACAAAGGUGACAGAGAGCCACAGAACAGAAGAUCAGAACACGAAACACUGCACACAAAUGUCACACGCUGUGUAGGGUUGUGUUCACCGCGUUGUGCGAACACUGACGAAAACCGAGAUGUGAUUGUGAUAGGUGACAAAUUAAACGAGCGACCACAACUACCCUACAAAUGGUUUCCCAUGAGAUAGGAACCCGGAAAGUAAACCUCCUCUCGCCUUCUCCAAACUAAAAGUGCCAAAUUGGUUUGCAUUUGCAUUAAGCGAGAUACACCAAGGAUAUUGGCGAACACAGCUCUAUAAAUUUUCAUCCACAGAACAAAGCUUAGCAGUCAUUUUUGAAGGUCGUUGGUUGCUAACCUAUAUUACAUGACACAUAAACAAAAAGAGAAAAACUUUAGAAGCCGAAAGCCGACUAUCCAAUACAAAAAGGUUGUUCAAAACUUCCAGGAAAUUAAUAGGCGUCCACGAUGAGUUCUGAAGAAAAGAUUCUCGUGUCAUCGAUAAACGGCAGUGAAAAAUCAAUAUCACUGGAUAUUGAAAUCCAAAAGGAAAUUGAACAGCUAGAAUGGAAAGACCACUUCCUUCCUAACGUGAAAGAAGUUUUCAAAAUUGAAAGACUGACUACAGGAGAACCGCUGAGGAUAAUUGCUUCGAAUGAAGCUAUUUCACUAAUAAACAGAUGGAUCAAGUUUCUCAUGGAAAAAACUGGGAGUGAAUCACGUACAGAUGAGACUUUGAAUACAUUACUAGAAUUACUUAGAUGCUUGAGGAACUGUACAUCAAAUUUGCAAACUCAGGAUUAUAUCAAUGAGAAGACAAAUAUCUUGGAUCAUACAGUUAAGCUUUUUGAAAUAGUUUUCAAAGUAAACAAGGAUCAUUUACUCUUGAAAGUAAUUCUCCAGUUUUUGAAUAAUUUUAUUUCAUCAAAUGAAAAAACAUCAAGAACUGUAUAUAAUUUAUUUUUUAAUCUUGCAAAAAGUUGUCUCAAGGAAAAUAUCAACAUAUAUGAAACAUCUGCAUUAAUUUAUAACAUAUCUUUAUUUAUACCCAUCCAAGAUUUAGAUAUAUUUCAUAGUAUAUUAUCAAUAUUCAAAAAUGAGAAUUAUGAUGAAAUGGAUCAUUAUGAAUUUUUGCAUUUUUUCUUGGAGAAAAGUAUUGGAACCAAGGAGUUUUGGACUAUCUACACAGAUUUUCCUUUGAAUGAUAAAACAACAAUGCUGGAUUAUUUCAAACACUUACUGAUACAAAAAAGAAAUUUGACUAUUCAUGAUGAAGGCUUACGAACAUUGGUUAAUACAAUAUUAACCUCAUCUGAUAUUAUUUUCCAAACAAGAGAAUGUUCAGAGAGUGAUCAAGAAUUGAUAAAUGAAAUAUCCCUCACAUUAGAGAUUUUAUCUUCUCUAUCAAGUGAUGAAAAUUACUUGAAGAAGCUACAGACAAAUAAGGACCUAUUCAUAAAUGCAGGAGUACUAUUAAUUAAUGUGCACAGGUUAGGGAAGGAACCAAAUAGUUGCUUCACACCCCUACAAAAGCUCUCAGAACUGGGCAAACCUACUGAAGGGUUGAAAAAUCAUCCAGCAUUUGGAUUCAAGGCAGAUCUUAUAAGACUUAUUGGAAAUAUGUGUUGGAAGAAUCCUGAAAUGCAGAACUUGGUAAGGCUUCAUUACCUAUUUGGGCAUUACAUUUAAAUGCUCAUUUACGUGGAUGGGUAUUGUGAGUAUCAAAAACCCAGAGGUUUUUAAGGCGUUCCACAAAUAUUUUUUAUUUGCGUUUUAUAUUUUAGGUUGAUAUGGUAAAAUGAAAGGUUAAAAACAAGAAUCGGGUAUUUGAAUUCAUCAUUGUUACUAUUUAAUAUGGGUUCAAUUUCUCGGAAAUUAAUUUUAUUAUUUUUAGGCACGUACAGCGGAACUAAUACCAGUUAUUUUAGAUUCUUGUAAUAUAGAUGCUAGAAAUCCGUUUAUCAUACAAUGGGCAAUCCUAGCGAUAAGGAAUCUUCUAGAAAAUAAUAUAGAAAACCAGAAGAUUGUGGCUGACUUACACCAGACGGGGGUUGUACCAGUUGAAGUACUUAAUCAACUAGGAUUGACUCUCCACAGCGAGGGGGAGAAUGAAAUAAGAGUUGUACCACUUGACGAUUUGAGGAAACGUGCGCAAUAAAUAUUUUCAUAUGCUUGA